AUGGACGACUCGGGGCAGUCGUCCAUCACAGUGGCCGUCCGAGUCCGGCCUUUUACGAUCCGAGAAGCAGCUUCAUUGCAACGGAACGACGAUGGUACGAUUUUCCUCGGCGAUGGCUCCUUUGCCUCGGCACCGACUCCCAAGCUUCACCGUGGGGGCAUCCGAAAUGUUAUCAAAGUUAUGGACGAUCGUUGCCUAAUAUUCGAUCCACCAGAGGAAAGCCCCGUCCAGAAAUUCUCCCGAACCGUCGUUCCCGGCUCGAAAAAAGUGAAAGAUCAAGUGUUUGCCUUUGAUCGAGUUUUUGACGACAACACAACGCAGGCUGAGGUUUACGAGGGCACGACCCGAGGCUUACUCGAUAGCGUCUUGGAUGGAUAUAAUGCGACUGUAUUUGCCUACGGCGCAACUGGAUGCGGCAAGACGCAUACCAUUACCGGCACAGCACAGCAUCCCGGGAUUAUUUUCCUGACGAUGCAGGAGCUGUUCGAGAAGAUCGAAGAACGCAGCCAUGAAAAGUCUACAGAGCUGACGCUGAGCUACCUGGAAAUUUACAACGAAACGAUCCGAGAUUUGCUGGUGCCCGGUGGCAGCAAGUCCGGCCUGCCUCUUCGCGAAGACAGCAAUGCAGCGGUCGCCGUUCCUGGCCUGACCAGCCAUCGCCCUCGGGAUGUCCAAGAGGUCAUGGACAUGAUUGUCCAGGGCAACGAGUACCGAACCGUAUCACCGACCGAAGCAAACGCAACCUCGUCUCGAUCCCACGCCGUGCUCCAGAUCAACAUUGCGCAAAAGGACAGGAAUGCCGACGUCAACGAGCCUCACACUAUGGCAACUCUCAGCAUCAUCGAUUUGGCGGGCUCCGAGCGUGCAUCUGUCACCAAAAACCGAGGCGAGCGCCUGACGGAGGGUGCCAACAUCAACAAGUCACUUCUUGCUCUAGGAGGCUGCAUUAAUGCUCUCUGCGACCCGCGAGGAAAGGCACACGUGCCGUACCGCAACAGCAAGCUUACUAGACUCCUCAAAUUCUCACUGGGUGGUAACUGCAAGACUGUCAUGAUUGUCUGCGUCUCACCCUCGAGUGCUCACUACGAUGAAACCCAAAACACCUUGCGUUAUGCAAACCGAGCCAAGAACAUCCAGACCAAGGUCACUCGCAACGUCUUCAACGUUAACCGCCACGUGAAGGACUUCUUGAUCAAGAUUGACGAGCAAAUGGCCCUGAUCAACGAGCUGAGAGCACAGCAGAGGGAGUCUGAGAAAACUAGCUUCGCCAAGUUCCGAAAGCAGUACGAAAAACGAGACGGCAUCGCGAGAGAGGCCAUGCAGAGGCUUCGGGCUGCGUAUGACAACGCAGGUGCCGAGCGUCAGGAGCGUAUUACCUCGAUGAGAAAACUUAAGCACUUUGAGAGGCGCAUCAGUCUGCUGUCUGCGUGGAUCGCGGCGUUUGAUGCAGUUGCUGACCAGAGUGAGAAUGACGCAGAAAUGCCACAAAGCCUCGCAGCCAUUCGUAAAACCGCUCAGGGGAUCAUGCUAGAGCUGGAGAACAGCAGACAUCACAUUCAUCAAAGGCUGAAUAAAUCGGCCUGGGAGCGCCAUCUCGAUACAGCUUUGGCUCACGGUAUCAGGCAGCUUGAACAGGCCGAGGGUGCUGAUACCGGCGAAAUUGAGAGCUUGACACGCGAGGCUGAACUUCUCAAGUCAGAGUUCAACCGCGAGGCCUAUCGCGAAGUUUUGGAACAGGAGAAGGCGGGGGAUGCUGCCAUGAUGCAGAUGCUUCUCACUGCCCAGUUUGAAAUAAUCUCGUCCCUUUCUGGAAUCAUGAUGAUGGACGAAGACAGCGCAGUGUCGCACGCCAAGGAGGCCAUUUCUCGCCUCCUCCAGACUGGCCUCACGGCAGCAUCCCAGGUGGUCAAGCCCGAUGGUUCCCUGGCUGCUAUGCCUGACGCUCUUCCCCCGCCACGGCGAACGCUGAGAAAGAGAAAAUCCCUAUCUGCCUACAGACCAGUUGUGCCUCCGGCGGUCGUGGCCGUACAAAACGAACAUGUGUUUGCAACUCCCAUGAAGGCGUUGCCGAGACGGCGUAAGGCCCUCGGUAUGCCGAAGAAGGGAGUCAGCUUUACACCAGUCAAACGAACCACCAAGAGCCGAGGGGUCAGGUGGAGGGACGACGAGACAGAGGACGGCACACUGGAAGACUUCGAGAAGACGCCGCAGAACCUUUUCAGCUCCCCUUCGGUGCAGCCAUCACCAGUAGCUAAGAGCAAGAUUCCCUCGCCGCCGCAGCUGAACAGCGUUCCUAAGGAUGAUGCUGCCUCAAACGACGACUCCUCGAUAAGCCUAGAGAUGUCAGACGCGCCGAGCCUUCCAAUCGCUAAGACCGGUAGGUUUCAAGCUGGCUUCCUCUCAAGGGGCGCACGAUUCUCAUCUGUAGGCAGCGGCCUACCUGUGUCCUCGUCACCCCCUACUCUGAGCAUGCACCUCCGCUCUUCGAGCUCUCCCGAUGUGGCCAGAACGCCGCCCUUGAGAACAUCUCUGGACGGCCCUAGAGCCGAGAAUUCAUCUCCGCUCUCCUUGAGCAAGGUUCCCCGACCGAGUCCCCCACAAUACCAUCAACUGCAGUCAGUCAUAGAUGAAAACAACCCGCCGAACGGCUCGGGAUCCGACUCUGAGUCCGGCACGAUUGAUAUGCAAAAACUUCGUAACGCUAUUGCUUCGAAAAAGCCUCGGAGAAUGAGUCUCGUGGGCCAAACUUCAGUCCCCGUGGCCAGAAGGGUGAAUUCAAUCGCCCCCCCGUCCAUCGAGAGGCCACCUUCACGAUCCACUAUGCCCAUGAUGGGCAGCGCCGGCAACGGCAUCUCCCGCCUUCGAAGAGGAAGCUUGGAGCGCCGAAAGAGCCCGCCGCUGUUGUUCUCAGCCCCAGAUUCAGAGGACCAUCUCACCACCGGCCAGGCGAGACGCAUGAACAUGGGGAGCAACCUACGGCUGGAAAAUCUCGGAGCUGCCCAACGUGACGGGAUUGGCCUCGAGGGUCCUCACCGUGUCACUAUUAAAGUUGGGCCGGGCUCUGCCGCUGCAGGCGUCUCUGCACACCGAAGGUUGGAUAGCCGAGGAGGUAUGCCUAUUAGAUGA